AAAGCGAUCAUGGGUUCUUCUUCUAGAAAUCUUUAUGCAAGAAUCGGAGAAGGUCAAUCAACUUCCAGGCCACCGCUCUUUGAUGGCACCAACUACACUUAUUGGAAAGAGCGGAUGAGAAUUUAUAUCCGCUCUACCAACUUCCAGUUGUGGUUGGUCAUCAAAAACGGCGAAGAAACGCCAAUGAAGAAGGUCGAUUAAAAACUCGUCCCAAAGACCGAGGACGAAUUUGAUGCCGAAGACAUCAAAAAGGUGGAGAACUACGCCAAGGCAAUCAACAUGCUGUAUUGUGCGGUCAAUCCCGAUGAUUAUCGCAAGAUCUCUUGCUGCACCACCGCAAAAGAAAUGUGGGACAAGCUGGAGGUCACAUAUGAAGGUACGGACCAGGUUCGAGAAGCCAAACUUGACUUCCUAACGCAGGAGUACGAAAUGUUUAGGAUGAAGGAAGGCGAAAAGAUCGAUGAUAUGUUCGAUCGGUUCUCAAAGAUCAUCAACGACCUUCAUGCACUCAAGAAGACUUACGCCAACAAGGAUCUUGUGAGGAAAAUCCUGCGGAGUCUCACACCCGAAUGGAGAUCAAAGGCUGAUGCAAUCUACGAAUCCAUCGGAGUCUCAAAUGUCACCAUCGACGGGUUAAGAGGUAAUCUCAAAACUUAUGAAUCUACUAUUCUAACCCCGUCUUUGGAUGAACAAAAGAAGAAGGGAAUAGCGCUGAAAGCAACCAAGGAGACCGUGGAAGAAGUUUCAAGCGAUGACGACAACGAGUUCGGACUCGUCAUCAAGAAAUUCCACAAAUUCAUGAAGAAAGAAUUUGAACGGAAAGGGAGAAAGCACGACGGUCCCCUGAAGUGCUAUGGCUGUGGCGAGAUAGGCCACAUCAAGCCGAGGUGUCCAAAAGGCAAAAUCAGCAAGGACAAACCCGGCUUCAAAAAGCAACGUGCCUAUAUCUCAUGGGAUGGCAACUCCGGCGAUGAGUCAACUGAUCAAGAAGAGGAAGAAGCCGCCAACCUCUAUAAUCCUCGCUUGGCGAGAAAGGAUAUUUGUGAUGAUCUUGCAGAUUCAUUAGAUAGAAUACACGUCGAAGACGAUGAGGAGAACACGGGAAUAUACACCGACACGCAGCCGCAAAGUGGGGAGAUCCCUCAAGCGACUAACCAAGGUGAAGAAGAAAAUCAAGAGGAAGGAGAAGAACAAGAGGAACACGAAGAAGAAGCAACCGAGCUUCCCAUUGCAUGGAAAGCGAACAAGAAACACCCACUUGACCAGGGACGGUUCAAGGUGAAGGAAUCCGGAAGUCAGGGGGAACCAGCGAUGGGUGGGUUAUACCAUCGCUGGGAGGGAAGUCUUCUCUUUUCUAGAACCCCUCUUCCCAUCGAUGGGUACUUUCUCACAUCGAUGGUCAAUCAUGGCCGGAGGAAAGAAGACAAAAGCUUCGAAGAAGAAGGUCACCGCCGAGGCUACGAGCUCUGCGCCUCAACCCUUCCCGUACCUGGACGGAUCCUUCUUGGAGUUCGGGUCGGAAGAGGAACUUACUCGCUUCAUCACCCACUUCGCCAAACGUCCUAUCUCUCCGCCAAGAGUGCUGCCCGAGUUGUUCCCUCAACAGAAGGGAUACCACAACCACGACAACCAACUCAAAGAGUAGGUACCAUGAAUCUCUACGACAUAGAGAUUGAUUUGGCUACCUUUGCUCGGGUUGCAGAGCUGCCUACCCGCGGUGACGACAUAGCGUCGUAUGGUGGCGACGACUGGAUCCUCAACAACGAGGCUGUCGUCAUCCGUGAGCUCGGGAUCACCAACUUGAUCCGUCACAGCGGCGCACCUACGAUUCACUCGGCUCCACCGGAGAAGCGCCUCCUCCUCUACAUCCUCACCCGGAUUCUCCGCCCCGAAGAUAGCAGCCACACCUCGCUCUUCAACGACGACUUGAGGGCAAUUCAUGCGAUCAUGCACGGCGCCUCCAUCAAUUGGGCAAAAUACGUCAUGAUUCACAUGGCGGAUUGCUCCUCCAUCACCACCGAGCGGAGCUUGCCAUACGCCUUCCUCGUCAUGGACCUCAUCGUCUCCGCCAACAUCCACAUCGCCGGGUCAAGCACGAAGAUGACGAAGCUUUGGGUCAUCGCCGACAACACCUUCAGGAAGAAGUCCGGAAACCGUAACAGCGCCGGAACAAGUCGUGCCCGUGCCCCUGCACCUGCCCCCGCUCCCGCUCCCGCUUGGGCCUCAUUGCAGGCAAUAGCCGACACCCUAAAUCGGCUAACCCUCACAGUGGACGGCAUGGGGCAGUACAUGGAGAGGAUGGACUGGACGCUGCAACGCCAACACCACGACAUGAGGGCGUUCUUCCGCGGCAUCAACUACGUCCCGCCGCCCAUUGACAGCACCUUCCUUGGCCAAAACUAUGAAGGCGAGGAUGAGGAGGAUGACUCCUAUGCUCCGUCCUCCUCCCCUGAUGAGGCCGACUUUGAGGACGCGGUCGACAGGGAUCCCAUGGACGUCGAGGAUGAUGAGGAUGACGAUGACGCCGAGGACGAGGACGCUGAUGCCUAGACUCUUCCUUUCUUUCCUUUCCCU